GCGCGAGUGACACCGCGUGGUCCAGGAACGUUGCCUUCGGAAACGCCGCGCAAACCUGUGAGUGCGCUCGACUUUUCGCCGCACGCGUACGCGUACGCACGCACGCGUGAACAAUUCAAUUAGGGAAUUGCGGACACGUGCGUGUCUGCCCGCCCGCUCGCUCGCGUGCAGCCGAGCUCGAUCGCACGACGAGAUAAUUCACGUUGUACUCCUUUCCGUGGAAUGAAUGAACGUGACCCACGCAUUUUUCCCUCCCGCCUGGGUCGCGACACAGAGAGAAGAAGAAGGAAGAAGAGGGAAAGAGAGAGACGGAGAGAGUAGAUUGAAGAAACGAGCGGACACGGGGCGUGUGCGAGCUUGUAAAUCGUGCACUUUAAAGCGUCUGUGCGCCGCGAUAAGGCCCAUUCAUCGUGAUAUAUAUAUAUAUCGAACACCGAAGGAAUCCCGAAAAUUCACGAGCUGCAUCGAGAUUCAGGGUGUAAUAUGUGUUAUCUGCAUUGGAAAUGAAUGAUGAAAGUACAACGACAUGUUGCGUAUCGAUCGUUCGAGGAUCAUCCCAGAAGAUCGCGGCGCAUCAUGAUAACUCUCUCGCCUUUUUUUAUCAUAACGUUAACGUAACGUGACACAACGACACACAGAUGCGAAAUCUAUAUUAGGUUUUUCGGCUUUACUCGCGCUUUAUAGCGCGCGAGGAUCGACCGGGUAUUGGCGCACAUAUCGGUCUCCGGGCACCGGAGCGCGAUUAAGCGCGGGAGCGUAUCGUUCCUCGCGAUUUUACGAGCGAGAUAAUAAAAUCAUCGACGCUGCGAGAGCGAGAGAGAGGAGAGGAAGAGACAAGGAGGCGCACGGGAGUGCGAGGAGAUACGUGCCGAGGGGCAUCUGCUCGACAUGACACACGCCAGCGAUUUCCCCCCCGCGAUACGGAUAGAUGCUACGUGGGAGGAUCAUCAUCGGGCGGGCAAUAAGGUCGAGAGCAAUUGAACUCCCGGCGGCGGCGUCGGUGGAUUUCGCCGUCGGUCCAGGAGAAACGGACGGCGCCGCAUUCCGUCGAUCAUGGAGAAGAAGAGCGGAGGAGAGGCGCGGCCGAAGAUCGAGAUCGUGCGGGUCUCGUCCAUCGAACGCAGCAACUUCCGACCGCUGGACGGGGUCCAGCUACGUGCGACCUACAGCCACGUGCGAGUGGGCACUUACUGCCCGGAACCGGAAGCGACGAGCGGACCGACGAUCGAGAACAAGCCGCCGAUCGAGCAGACGCGACGUUUCAAGAAAAAUUUGGGACCAGUAUCAAGACUGCUGAGACGUCGUCAUCACGCGACAUGCCUUGCCACCAAAUCCUGUGAUAACAUUUAUAGCGUGAAUAGGAAUAGUAAUUCUCUGGACUGGAGAGUCAGCCAGAACGCCAACGAGCAAGAUCUGCAAGCCAGGCAGAGCAGCAGCCUAGAUUGGAGAGUAGGAAGGUCCGUCACUUUCGGCUCCAACCGGCUCCACUGGGGAAACACAACGCGAAGCGCCGAGCAGCUUUCCAGGAGCGCGCCUCUCACUUCCGAUCAUCUUCAGACACCGAGCACGAGAUCGAAACUCGUGUCACUAUUGAGACGACUCUCCCCGCGCCUGUCCCGACCCGGAAGCAAGGGCUCGCUGCAAUCAUCCCCGACUAUUUGUCCAUGGGUCCAAGUUGAGUAUUCGACGGAAUCGAUCGAAGGCGGCAAGCGAGAGGAGUCGCAAGAGAGCGAUGCCAGCUUCCAACAGGAACUACAAUUGAACGAGCUACGGAAACGGAUGGCCGGGAUUGCCUCCACGUCCCAGGUCACGACGAAGACUCCCACUAGGAAUGACGCAGGACAGCAAAAUCUGCCGCGACCCAGGAUUCAAGUGCAGGAAGUCGAAACCGAGUGUAACCACCGGAACGUCCGCACAGCCAUAACGUACAAACAUCCAUUGGGACCAUUAUACGUUCCACGGUGAGCAAUUAGAACGUGAAUAAGUCCCACCGAGAUUCAUUAGCGGCGCGAUGCAACGAUGCGAUUUCGAGCUUCUGCGAUGCACGGAGAUGAAUCCAGGACUCGCGAAACAGGAUUCGAGAUUCACAAGGGUAGGGUUGGAAUAUCUGCGCGGUAAACGUCGCAUUAUUAGGAGAACGUCGAAGUUCCUCCUGUCUCUCUCUCUCUGUCUCUCUCCGGGAGACUCAGCUACGGGGGAAAUUGUUACGUGUCCAUGUGUAUAAUAACACUUUGACAUUUUCCAACAACAAUCAACAAUCGUCGAUUUUAUUCCCCGUCGGUCCACGUGCGCGAACACACAUCAGCAUCAUCAUUAUCAUCGUCAUCAGGCGAUCGAGCAUGAUUCGUUCACCUUGCACACCUUAGUCUUGCUUGGCCGCACGCCUGUACCCCGCCGAUGCACUUUAAACCGUUAAACUCAGCAAUUAUGUCAGCGCCGAUUUCCGCAUCGUAAACAACAUUGUACAAUCACCGGGCAACCUUACCUACACGCGCGACUCGUUUCUCCAAUCCGUUACGGCCGCCGUGUUAUGCAUUACACGCACGAGUGCAAUCUGGAGCCCGAUGCCCACUUUUUCGAUCGGGGAACUGCAUCGGUGGCAGCGAAAGCACUAGAAAGUACAUUAUACGGCAUAUAAAAAAAAAAAA